UAGGGAAAAUUUUCGCGUUUCCCGUCUAACACAUUAAUCUGUGGACUACAGUGCUGAUUACAAUAAAUAUAGACGGUUAGGUAUAUAAAUACCUAUGUAUGUGAAUUGUUUAACUUGUAACCCCAUAAAAAGCUAUGUGCAAUUAUUUUAAUUAUUUGUAUGCUACGUCCGAUCACUCAAGCCUCAGCUAGUUAGUCGAGUUUGACCAACUCGUUGAUUAGAUAGUGUUGAUCAAACACAAGCACUAGUACAAGCAAUAGCAUUAGAACUAGACAUGGAGCAUUCUUGGUUGAAGAUAUCUGGUGUGCUUUGUGUAUUUGGGUUUUUACGUGAGUUGCGGCCCUCGGAGCCCUAUCAUUCUGAAAUUUUGCUAGGCGAGUGGUAUAAUGUGACACAGGAUCAAGUGAACCGUAGUGUCUACCCAAUCGGAACUUAUUCCUAUCUAUCGCUGCUGAUUGUUGUUUUCCUGAUCACUGAUUUUCUCAGAUACAAGCCCAUGAUUAUUGCCAACGCCCUCACAGGAAUUAUUGUUUGGACUGUGCUGCUAACUACGAGCACGUUGCUGGGUCUGCAAGUCGUUGAGGUAUUCUAUGGCUUCUAUCAGGCCACCGAGGUAGCAUAUUAUUCCUAUAUAUAUGCCAAGGUCGAUAAGAAGUAUUAUCCCCGUGUCACAUCCCAUACACGAGCUGCCAUGUUUGUGGGAAAACUUGUGGCAGGGCUAUUGGCUCAGCUGCUCAUUGGCUUUGAUUGGAUGAACUAUCAACAGUUGAUGUACAUAUCUGUUGGCUCACAAGUGUUAGCCCUCCUAUGGACCAUUUUACUGCCCAGAGUGGAGCAGAGCUUGUAUUUCCAUCAACAAAUGGCAGUCAGUGGAGCCGUUGAUAAGGAAACGGAUGCACCUGAGCUCUCUAAAAAUAUAUCCAAUGAACUCUCGAAUGAAAUCUCUAAAAAUAUAUCCAAUGAACUCUCGAUGGCCAAGAAGGACCGUGCUCAACCAUUGCAGCUGCUGUGGUUGCACUUCCACAGUGCUUAUACAAAUGUCCUGGUUCUACAGUGGAGCUUGUGGUAUGCGAUCAAUCUGGCUGGCUAUCUGCAAGUAACAACCUACAUACAAGUUCUGUGGAAAUCGUUUGCAAACGAGCCAAAGAUUGUUUGGAAUGGGGGCGUAGACGCCGCCCUUACUGCACUAGCUGCUCUCUUCUCUCUAAUGGCGGGCUAUUUGCACGCAGGACGUUUAAAAACACACGCCAGCCUUUUAUCGUUAGCUGUGCUGGCAAUUUUAGAGGGUGUCUGCAUAUUGUUUGCAUCGUGGACCACUAAUAUUUAUUUGUCAUAUCUGGGUUAUGUGCUGUUUGGAGCUCUUUUUGGAUAUACUAUCACGGUGGCCAGCGCCGAGCUGGCCAAAAGUUUGGCUGAGGAUAGCUUUGCCUUGAUCUUUGGCAUAAACACACUCAUUGCACUGAUAUUACAAACUGUGCUCACUCUUGUCGUCGUCUCCGAGAGUGCGAAUCUUCAGUUGAACACGUUUGAACAGUUUACCACCUAUGCAUUUUAUUUUAUUGUGAUAAGCACUGUUUAUUUUAUAGCCAUUGUUGUUCAAUACUUAUUUACGUGCUUUAAAAAUACUUAA